UUUUUGUUUGUUUGUGUUUUGUUUUUUACUUUUAUUUCUAAACAAAUCUUUAUUUCUGAACGAAGUAUUUAGUCUGUCAUAAAUUUUAUUGUUGGUAACGAGUAUUUUUUUAUGUACUGAAGACUAGGCAGCAUGGUUUUAUGAUCUUAGCCUGACCCACAAAAGGGCAGAAGAAAAAAAAAUCAUAAAUUGUUGGACGAAAACUAAGAUGUCAAUUUCGUAAUAUAACCAUUAUAACCUCGCAUUUUUUCAAGUUUAGUCAAAACUUUUAUUAAUUUUGUCAUUUAUUUAGUGUUUAAGUCUCAAAAUGCGACUUAGCUCGGUACUCUAUACGGCGCCGUCUCGGCAGAGCGCCAGGAGGCCACAGCGGGAGCCUGUUCCAUUCCAAAUGCUGCUUCCUCUAGAGUUAAAGAAAACAGUCUCAGGCAAAGGCGACAGGACGAAAGAAGCCGCUUGCAUGCAAGAGCUGGCCGUUAUGUUCGCUUGUUUCAAGAAGCAUGAGUUCGACCAACAAGAGUGCUUGAAAGAAAUCACUGAAUUUCAAGGAUGUUAUUCUGCUUACAGCGAAAGAAUGAAAACGCAAAGAGAAAAAGGAAAAAAGGGUAUUCUUGUGCCCGGAGAGAAAAACUUAACGCACAAACAGAUGAACCAGCUAUUAAAAGCUUUUCCUCCAAAGAAACAAUCUUAGAUCUUGUAAACAGUAUGGAAGUGUUUGGACUGUUAAAAAUGUUAUGUGAAUAGUUUGUAUUUAUGCUAAUAUAUAGAAAUUUAGUGCAA